AUGUCGUUGACGACCUUCGUCGAAAUUUGUGUUCUUAGUGCCCUGGUGGCCCUCUAUUUUGUGCUACGGUCUCAGCGCCUUCUCCCCCCCGGACCGAAUCCGAUUCCCCUCCUUGGUCGCAUCAAGUUCCCCGUCUCUCGUUUGGACAAGUUCCAGCUCUGGGCUCAGAAGUAUCCGGAUAUCAUGACACUUCGCAUCUGGGGCCAGAACGUGAUUGUCCUCAAUUCUGUGCAGGCCGCAAACGAUAUCUUGGAGAAACGUGCCGCAUCUACCAGUAUCCGUCCUCAGCGUGUAAUGGCCCAUGAGCUUGUAGGGUACAAGAACUCGACAAGUCAAACCAAUGAUAUGCUUCAACACAAAUUAUUUCGGCGUCUGUUUGCAACUGCGUUGUCCCAGCGAGCCUCUCAAAACUUCUGGGAGAUGGAAGAGCUUGAAAUGCGAAAGGCCGCCUUGCAUAUGUUGACGGUUCCCGGCGAUUCUACUAAUGCUCUGAAGCGGGCCAUGUCCGCAAUUGUUUUCUAUGUCGGUUACGGCUACAAUAUCAAGAACGAUGGCGACGCGUUCAUCACCAAAAUCGCCGACUACAUGAAGGUAUAUCAACGCUUGCUACGUCCGGCCGAAUUCUUAGUUGAUAUUCUACCUUCUCUGAGACAUAUUCCUGAAGGGCUCCCUGGAGCCGGCUUCAAGCGCUCAGCAAGACAGUGGAAGGCGACGAAAGAGCAUAUUCAUGAGGAGCCCUUCCAACGUGUCAAGCGCGAUAUGGAGCACGGAAAUGCCUUGCCGUCGUUCACUCAGCACCUUCUCGAUCGUCUGCCUGAUCAAAAGGUUUCUUUCAAAUAUACCGAGGAGCAUAUAAAACUCGCCGCGGGGAGCAUCUAUACUGGCGGGAAUGAUAAUAAUACAUCUUGCGUGCAGAGCCUCUUGGUCGCCAUGAUUCUCUUCCCUCACGUGCAGAGUAAAGCCCAAGCGGAGCUUGACCAGAUUGUCGGUCGCGACCGUCUUCCUUGCAUUGACGAUCUCAAUGACCUGCCCUACUGUGGUGCCAUUGUACAGGAGCUCCUUCGCUGGCAACCCCCUACCCCCUUUGCUCUUCCUCAUGCAUUGGAUCAAGAUGAGGAAUAUCAUGGCUACGUUCUUCCCAAGGGCGCUACCAUCUUGGCCAACGUAUGGGCGAUGACGCGUGACGCGACUAUCUACCCCUCACCCGAGGAGUUCAUUCCCGAACGGCACUUAUCAAUCCAAGAGGACGGCAGCAUCCGGUUACCCGCCACUCGUCUUGCUCUUGCGUUUGGAUUUGGGCGCCGAGUAUGUCCUGGAACCAAUCUGGCAGAAGCUGUUGUUUUCGCAGGCGUAAUCACGAUUCUCUGGUCCUGCACUGUCUCCAGGCCUCCUGGAACAGAAAAUGAUCCUAUUGAGUACGAAACAUACGGUGUUCACUGGCCAAAGGACUUCCCUAUUUCGUUCAAAGAGCGGUUCCCAGGGUCUUUGGAUCUCCUUAGCAAGGCCAUUGAUGCCAACGAGUAAGUGCAGCUACGUACCAGGAGUCCUGUUGCAAAACUUCAAAAUGGGGAAACCACUUAAAGGCAGCUAAAAAGAGCGUCGCACACUAGUGCUGGAAGGUAGCCAACAUUGGAGAG